AGCAAAGUGCAGGACUUCCGGUCGGCGGUAAAGCGUGUUCUGCUGCGAAACGUUAUUGUGACGAAAGGAGACCAAACGUGUACUUUAUAACCCACAUUACUUAUUUAAUUUGGCUUACAAUGAGUUUACCUCUGAACCCGAAGCCUUUUCUGAACGGCCUGACAGGCAAACCAGUGAUGGUGAAGCUGAAGUGGGGUAUGGAGUACAAGGGUUACCUGGUGUCUGUGGACGGGUACAUGAACAUGCAGCUGGCAAACACAGAAGAGUAUGUGGAUGGAGCGUUGGCGGGACAUCUCGGUGAGGUGCUCAUCAGGUGCAAUAAUGUUUUGUACAUCAGAGGUGUAGAAGAGGAGGAAGAGGACGGAGAGAUGAGAGAGUGAUGCCGAGUUGAUGUGUGUUUGUGUUUUCACCAUGUGAAACAAAUGAACGUUUGGGGUUAUUUCUGAAACAGCUUUUUUUGUCUUUUUUUUUUUUUUUUAUUAAACUAUAUGUGAUACCAAUUUUAUGUUGUGAGACAGACACAAUAAAGUGA